AUGGUGAGUGGUAUUGUUGGCAGUAACAUGGCGGCGACUGAUGCGAGGUUUCUAAGUUCGAAUUUUGGCAACAGUUUCAGCAUCAACACCAGAAUCCACAGACGGAAUUUCCACGAUCGAUCCCAAAUCGCAAUCCCUAGAGCUCAAGCUUCUUCUUCUCCACCACCUCCACCUUCUUCAUCCUCCGACAAAAAUCCCCGCGAAAAGAAGACCCGAAACAGGCCCGUAACCACAACUACGAAGGAAAGCGAAGAGACGACGGCAAAGAAACUCGAAGUAGCUCCUCCUCCGGCUCAAUCUCCGUCUCCGCCGCAAUUGAAAUUAGACGAUGUGAAUCCCGUGGGACUAGGAAGGCGAUCGCGGCAGCUCUUCGACGAGGUAUGGCGGAAAUUCUCCGGAUUGGGUCAGAUUUCGAGAACGACCCGACCCGACGAACAGGAAACUCUCGACAGUCUUUUCAUUAGAGAAGGACCUAUGUGCGAAUUCGCAGUCCCCGGAGCUCAAAACGUCACCGUCUUAGUCGUCGGAGCCACAAGCCGAAUCGGGCGUAUCGUCGUCCGUAAACUCAUGCUCCGUGGCUACACCGUCAAGGCGCUGGUGAGGAAAACAGAUGAGGAAGUGAUAAGUAUGUUGCCAAGAUCAGUAGAUAUUGUGGUCGGAGAUGUUGGAGAACCUUCAACGCUCAAAUCCGCAGUGGAAAGCUGCAGCAAGAUCAUAUAUUGCGCCACUGCUCGGUCUACUAUCACUGCAGACCUUGUCCGUGUUGAUCAUUUGGGUGUUUAUAACCUCACCAAGGCUUUUCAGGAUUACAAUAACAGACUAGCGCAACUAAGAGCGGGUAAAAGCAGCAAAAGCAAGCUUCUGAUUUCGAAAUUCAAGUCGGCUGAGUCGCUUAACGGUUGGGAAGUUCGUCAAGGAACUUACUUUCAGGACACAACUGCUUCUAAAUAUGAUGGUGGAAUGGAUGCUAAGUUCGAGUUCACCGAAUCUGAGAGAGCUGAGUUUUCAGGUUAUGUUUUCAGUCGAGGAGGAUAUGUUGAGUUGUCGAAGAAGCUUUCACUUCCACUAGGUUCCACUCUUGACAGGUAUGAAGGCUUAGUUCUUUCUGUUGGUGGGAACGGAAGAGCCUAUGUUAGAGCUGUUGAUGGCCUUGCUGGUGCACAACAAGAUCUAAGAAGCUUUAGCCUUAUAUUCGAGUACAUCAAAGCUUUGCCUGCGGGUCAAGAAACCGACUUUGUUUUGGUGUCAUGUACUGGUUCAGGUGUAGAGCCCAACAGAAGGGAGCAAGUGCUAAAAGCUAAGAGAGCUGGUGAAGAUUCUUUGAGAAGAUCAGGCCUUGGAUACACCAUCAUUCGUCCCGGUCCCUUGAAAGAGGAGCCAGGUGGGCAACGAGCUCUGAUAUUUGAUCAAGGAAACAGAAUUUCUCAGGGCAUCAGUUGCGCGGAUGUGGCUGAUAUUUGUGUCAAGUCAUUGCACGAUUCAACCGCAAGAAACAAAAGCUUUGAUGUUUGCCAUGAAUACGUCGCUGAGCAAGGAAUAGAGCUCUACGAGCUGGUGGCUCAUUUGCCAGACAAGGCGAACAACUAUCUGACUCCUGCUUUAUCUGUACUUGAGAAGAACACAUGA